AUGGGAUCACGAAAGUCAUCAGCAUGGCUGUCUGUAAACCGCGUUGCUGGCUUUGUAAUUUCGAUUGGAAGCGAGUACGUCCAGUGGCCACAAGGUCCUUUUGCAGACGAAGUAGAGCGGAAAUUUGAAAGCAAAAAAAAGAUACCAGGUAUAAUUGGUGCGAUUGACUGCACCCAUAUUGCAAUAAAAGCACCUACUGUCAAUAAGCAUUGCUAUUUUGAUAGAAAGCAAAACUAUAGCCUAGUUAUUCAAGCAGUUGUGGAUGCUGAGAAAAAGUUCAUAGACAUAACUGUUGGUGAACCAGGUUCCCUUCACGACAGCAGGGUUUUACGGAGAUCUGAAUUGUACUCAAGGGCAGAAACAGAUUAUAUUGAACUGUUUCCUAACAGUUACUUUAUUUUGGGUGAUUCGGCGUACCCUUCAAAAAGUUGGCUAGUACCACCAUUUAAAGAUACUGGAAAUCUUACCGAUGCUCAAAGGCGAUUCAACUAUAUCCAUUCGUCAACGAGGAUUGUCGUAGAAAAUACAUUUGGACUACUUAAGGGACGAUUCCGAAGACUUAAGUUCACAGAACAAACGGAUUUGAGAGUGGUUACAAAAAUAAUAAUGAGUGCAUGUAUUAUGCACAAUAUAUGUCUAUCGCAUGAUGACUUAUAUGAUGAAAAUGAAGAAACUCCAGAUGAAAUUGUAGUUAUUCCUUAUAACAAUGAUGAUCCAGCAGAUCCUUCAAUCAACAGGCGUGAGAUAUUGUUUAGAUACUUGCAAGAACAGAAUAUUAUUUAA